AAUAAUAAUAAUGUUUCGGCAGAAUAUACUGUUAAUGCCAGAGUUGACACCUUAUGUUGAGAGACCAGCGGAUGCAGCGACGGCUGUAGCGGCACAGGACGCCACCCUUGCCUGGACCACCACACUCACUACCUCACACAACAACACUAACAAAUCUAGGCACAAGACUGAGUGUGUGUCGGCAGAGGCUGAGUAUAAGUCAUCAGCAGGUGAUCACUUGCUGCCUCAGCUCACACAUCAACACUACACUGAUAUUCUCUUCAAUAUUAACUUCUCUCUCAAAAAGGGAGAGUUGGUUGCGGUGUGUGGUGGUGUUGGUGCUGGCAAGUCUUCACUGCUCAGUGCACUGCUGGGUCACAUGCACCUCCGCUCUGGUCAAGUCUUCCUUCAAGGAUCUUGUGCUUAUGUUAGCCAGCAGUCUUGGAUCAUCAAUGCUUCCUUCAGGGAUAACAUUCUUCUAGACCUACCAUUUGAUGCUAUGAGAUACUACCGAGUGAUUCAUGCUUGUAACCUGAACCAAGAUAUCGCAACACUGGCUGCUGGAGACUUCACAGAGGUGGGAGAGCGAGGCAUCAACCUCUCUGGUGGACAGAAACAAAGACUGUCACUCGCUCGAGCUAUUUAUGCGAACAAGGAUGUGUACUUGCUUGAUGAUGCUAUGAGUGCUGUUGAUAGUCAUGUUGGUAACCACAUCUUCCAGUGGGUGAUGAAGGCAGCACUGAAGGACAAGACUGUAGUGUUUGUCACUCAUCAACUUCAGUAUGCAGCUGAGUGUGACCGUAUAAUGUAUGUGCGUGAUGGCCGGGUGGUGGAGCAGGGUACACACAGCCAGCUUAUGAAAGAUAAUGGUGACUAUGCUGCUCUCUACAUGACACACAUGAGGACUGUGCACCAGGACAGUGAUCAAACAAGUUCACCUUUGGAAAGUGUGAGAGUACGACAAGACUCAGUUAUGUCACAGGAGAGUGACCAGAGUAGUUCAUACAGCUACCUUGCUGACGGAGGUGCCGGCAGCACUCAUGUACAUCACAGCAAUAUUGAUGAAGGUGAAGGUAAACUGACCACUAAGGAAAGACUGGAUAAAGGUGAUAUUGCAACAUCAACAUAUCAGUACUACAUCAAGGCAGCUGGUGGAUAUGUCAUUAUAACACUGGUCAUCCUCACCUUCAUCCUUAACGUUGGCUCCACAGCUUUCAGUUCCUGGUGGCUGUCACUCUGGCUCUCAGCAGGAAGUGGAGCGGCUGAAAAUAUGUGCUAUCGAAUUCCAGAGUACAUAGAGGCUGAAGGACUGAAACCUGGAACAAGUGUUUCAAUUUGUGACGAAACAGCCUCUUUCUGGAAGAAAGCCAAGAGACCUUCAUUACUCAAGAGGAAAAAGUCAAAGCCAGGACACAAUCCUAAUGAAACAGGCUACGCUAAUGUAUCAGAGCUAAUGCUAGGGGAUUUCAAGUGGAAGCCGUUACAAGAGUAA